CCUCGGGGACUACCUCCUAAUGCAUCAAUAGCCCCGAUGAACAGCCUGGUAGGGGCAGGUGGCGAGGUUCUCCCAAAUAGUGUAAAGACGCGCCGUCACUUGUGGUGAACCCAAAGUAAAGAGCGCGGGAAGAGAGCGAGAGCGAGGGAGUAUGGCAGGAGAGACCAACGGUGGGUGGGGCGGGGGAGCCGAAUCCGUGCUCAAUCUCGUCCCAGGUUCCUCCAUCUCCAUUCGUUACCACUCUCUCUUCGGAGCUCACGACGAUUUCCUCCUCCUCGAGGCCGACGAGGCGCUCCUCCCUGAUAUCCUCCACAACAGAGUUACAAUACGAGGGCAGACAGAUGAGGAAGCUGUUCUUUGCACUCCUUUGGCAACUUAUGCCAUGAAGUUUGUCGGCACAUCCAACUCGGUAUUUCUGAUUCCCCCAGGGGAGCCAAUUCCUCCCUGCAUGGAAGAUACAUGCAAUGACAGCAAAUCAAACACUUCAGCAGCCCAUGAAGUGGUUCCAUCGGUGAUCAAAGUGGCAUCAAGCAAUAUGGAAUUAGUUCUAGUUGCCCCACACCUUGAUAAAUUGAAGUCCCUUCUUAAUGAGAGGCCUUACAAACUCGAUGAGGAUGUGGAAACUGAUUUUCAGCACAACAGAGGCCUAUAUAGAUGGCAAGAUCUGCUUGAGCAGAUUCAAGCUAGUGAACAAGAAUUGAGGGAUGGAUUGAAGGCCCUCUCAGCCGCAGAGAUUGAUGGGUUCUGGAGGAUCAUUGAUGAGAAGACCAUGGAUGAAAUCCUAAAUAUGGUCUUGAACAAUUCUAUCUUGCACGGGUGGCCUUUAAAUGCACUCGAGGAAGAUGAGGUCGUAUCAAUCUUGGAAGCUGAUGGGUAUCCUCGUAACAUUACUCUUCACUGCCUUGAAACAUUUGGAAAUAUGGUGGAGAGUUCAGGAUGCAGUUUCUGGAGCUUAGAUGAGAAAAAAGUCUGCCUGCGCUUUGCUUUGCAAGCUUUAGGUGGAGGAAAGAUGAAGUUGGAGAUUUUCUUGCAGAAAUGGAGACACUGUGUUCCUUCUGGGAUGCAUGCAGAUUUGAAAAUGCUUGAGGGUGAAGUGUUGUACGAAAAGCUUGGCUUUGAAACUUGGAUCCGUGCUUUCAGAGUCUCAGGUCUUCCAUCAACGCCAGCCGAGCGGUUUGCAGCUCUCUUCAUAGAGCGUCCAAGAUGGAAUUGGAAAGACUUAGAGCCCUACAUCAGGGACUUGCAUGUACCAGGGCUCUCUUUAGAAGGUUUGCUUAUCAAGUAUACUCGAAGAUCGCAACCAAGUGCAGAUGUUGAGCCUAUUUUUAGUGCAAGGUAACUUGAUCGGGCCUGGUUUUUGGAUCUUCUUUUCCUUCCUCUCUGAUUCCUGGAGAAAAAGUAAUAGAAUUUACAUGACAUUUCCCAUCAUCUUUUUGAUUACUUUAUUACCUAUACAUGGUUCCUUCUGUAGCAUCCAACUAGUUUGAUCCACAUUUUGUGAAUUUACCAAGGGGGACUAAUUCAUUGUUCUUUCCCCUGUUUA